GUUGUGUUUCGCGGGGCGGUGCAGGUGCCGCACGGGUCGGACAACACCACCGCCAACCAGCUCUGCCGCUCGCUGCUCCUCUCAGAUUCGGCGCGCGUCGACAUCUCGCCCAACCUCGAGAUCCUGACGGACGACGUCGUGUGCACGCACGGGGCCACCGUCGCCGACCUCGACGACGAGAUGGCGCGCGGGCUCGGCCGCGCAGAGGCGCGCGUGCUGCUGCUCGAGGGGUGGGCCCGCUCGCUGAUGGGCGAGGUGCCGUCCGAGGCGGCCACGCGGCGGGUGGCGGCCAAGGCGGCGGGGCUGGCGCGCGAGGGGGCGGCGCGGGAGGUGCGCAAGCAGGCCAUGUCCUCCAUCUGA